CAUUAAAAUCCAUCCAAAAACUUACAAAGAAAAGAAGGGGAAAUUUUUUUAAUUCCCUCUCCUUUUCUUAAUCUGUUGAAUUGAACAAUGGAUUGGCGUCCUUUUGAUGUCACGGUGAUCUCUGCUGCAGGCAUUAAAAAUGUCAAUUAUUUCUUCGUAAUGGACGUUUACGUUGAAACUUCGAUCGUAGGCUAUGCCAAAAACACAAAGAGAACGUACAUUGACAAAAAAGGAGGCACAAGUCCUAAAUGGAAUUACCCAAUGAAAUUCACAUUAGAUGAACCUUCACUAACAAAACCUGGUCUUUCUCUAUGCUUUCGCAUUAGAUCUCAGCGUUUUCUUGGCGAUAAGGAUAUUGGAUUUGUUUCAAUUCCUAUUAAUGAUAUAUUUGGCCAAUCUGGUGCCGGACCUGAUGGAAGCGCGGAGAAAGUUGUUGAGUAUCAAGUUUUUACUCCAGUUUCUGGUAAUCCUAAAGGUACUCUCAAGUUUUCGUAUAAAUUUGGAAAGAAAUAUUGUCAAGGACAACCUUCAGAUGCAAUGUACAAAGGACAACCUAAUGGUGCUUAUAAUGAAAAUGCGCUUGUGCCUGUCAUGGCUUAUCCAUAUCCCCAAAAUGGGACUAAUAAUAAUAAUGUGCCACAACCCGGCAUGGGAUAUGGAACGCCCAAUCCCAACUAUGGCACGGCGUAUCAGCCACCACCACCAGCAGGAUAUCCUCCUCCUGUUGGUGGUGGUUACAAUGCUGGUGGAUAUCCACUAACAGGAUAUCCACAACAGGCUGGAUAUGGAUAUCCUCAGCAACAGCCACAACAACAACAACAAGUUUACGGAGGAUAUCCUCAGCAACAGCCACAACAACAACGACAAGUUUACGGAGGAUAUCCUCAGCAGCAACAAGUGCAAGCGCCGAAGAAAAAGAGCAAAAUGGGGAUGGGAGCAGGAGUAGGAUUGGGUUUGGCUGGAGGGUUGCUUGGUGGUAUGUUGAUUGGUGACAUGGUUUCUGAUGCUGGACAUGAUGCGGAUGCCUAUGAACAGGGAUACGAUGAUGCCAUGGAUGAUAUGGAUUAUUAACAUGUGGUCUCUGUACAUUGAGUAAUUCUUUUGUUUAUAUUGGAGAUACUAUAUAUAAGAAAUUGAUGUUUGGGAUUUGAUUAAAUACAUAUUACUAUUAGUUUUGGUUUUGCCAUGAUUUUGUAAAGUCUGUAUAUGUUUGUGGAAAUGUGAUGCCUUACUAUAAUACCAUGCAUGACUUGGUUAUUUGAA